UCACAGUCAUAUAUAUCAAUAUCAAUAUCAAUAUUAAUUAAUUAAUUAAUGACUACACAAUCAAUCAUAUCUAUCAUCUAAAUUAAACCUCGUAUACUAUUACUCUUACCCAACAAACACCACCCUUUUCUCAUCAUACUUUGAUCCUACAUCCCCAACCCCAACCCCACCCCCACAAAAAUUGCCUCCAUGCAACAAAACCUCCAAUUCCUAUCCCACCAUCCACCACCCCCACCAAUCAACCAAUUCCUCUGCAUCGUCGCCCUCACACUCACCAUCACCAUUGUUUGCUACACCAUCAAUCAGACCCCAUUCCACCUCUACCCACCCUCUGUUCUCACUUUCAAUACUUUCCUAUCCAAAAACAAAUGCGAUUAUAGCUAUGGUAAUUGGGUUUGGGAUGAGAGAUUACCUGGACUUAGAUACACAGAGACCUGCCCUUUCUUGGAUCCCGGAUUCCGGUGCCGACACAAUGGACGAACUGAUUUCGAUUUCCACAAAUGGAGAUGGCAGCCACACUCCUGUAAUCUUCCCAGAUUUGAUGCAAAAGACUUUCUCCGGCGUAGUCGAGACAGGAGAAUAGUUUUUGCAGGGGACUCCAUAGCCAGAAACCAGUGGGAGUCCCUUAUCUGCAUGCUGGCGCAAGGGGUUGUUAAUCAAUCGACUAUCUAUGAAGAGAAUGGUAACCCUAUAACAAAGCACAAGGGUUUCCUCUCCAUCAAGUUUCGACACUACAAUGUAUCAGUACAGUAUUACAGGGUGCCGUACCUGGUGGCUGUCGACCGGCCCCCUCCCAAUGCCCCCAAGGAGGUCAAGGGGGUCAUUAGAGUCGAUAAGCUCCAUUGGUUUUCGACCAAAUGGGUUGGAGCCGAUGUUCUUGUCUUUAGCGCUGGACAUUGGUGGAAUCAAGACAAGACUAUCAAAUCGUAUGUAUCUUACAAAGUUAUCGUAUAUAUAUAUAUGUAUAUAUCUGUAGUAACCAUAAUGCUUUUGUCUAUCAGGGGACACUUUUUUCAGGAAAGGGAGCAUGUAAACAUGACUAUGGAUGUUCGGGACGCUUUUAAAAAAUCUCUAAAGACAUUGAAAGCUUGGGUAGCACAAAAUUUACAGCCUGGAAAAGCUUAUGUAUUCCUUCGUAGCUACUCACCAGUGCAUUUCAGGAAUGGAACAUGGGACAAAGGUGGGUAUUGCAAUGAAAGUAAAGCACCAGAAAUGGACAACUCAAAGCUGGAGCAAGAGCCACCGAAUAAUAUGUUCAUGUACGAUGCAGUAACCGAAAUGAAGAGUGCAUUCAGCACAGUGAAAUUUCUAAACAUUACGUACCUGACUGAGUUUAGAAGAGACGGGCAUCCUUCAAUGCACCGUGAACCGGGUACUCCAGCCCAUGCCCCACAGGACUGCAGCCAUUGGUGUCUUCCGGGAGUGCCAGACACCUGGAAUGAAUUUCUAUACGCUGAGUUGCUGAAAAUGGGAUAUAGAAUGAGGACAUGGUAAAGAUGUCACUUAUCUGCAUAGCACUGGAGGGUUGGGAGUUUUCAACUUGCUUCUGUAUGAGGCUUUGCUGGCUUCCCUUUGCUGCAUUUCUAGUGCUUCAUGAGAUUCAAUACCUGGGGUCGACUGUUAUGCAUGCCCCGUUUUAAGAACUAAGACGAUAAAGAAGAACAAUCGACAACAGUAACUUGCAAGAUGUAGAUAUUAAGCAUCUCGAGUAAAAUUGAAUUUUUUGGUAAAGAAAACAGAGCCUGCUCAAUGUUUAUGCAAAACCAAAUGUGAGUGUAUGGUGGAUUUUAGCCUUGAGUGUUCUUUUGAAUUGAGCAAACUGAUUUUGCUCUUCUUACAAAUAUCUGAAAUUCAGAAAUAUUUUUCAUUUCAAAAUUUAUGUGUUCGACUACUUCGUAUCUAUGAUAACAUGUAUA